GCACAUCAUCGAGCAGAGCGGAUCACACGGCAUUCCUGCAUCUGCCCUGCCCGCAGUCACACAGUGUCAUCAACAAAUACAAGUGCGGGGGAAAAACCGACACCAACAAAGUCAACUCCGACCGGCCGACUCCACGGAACCGCGCGAGCGAGUAGAACGGCUGCAGGACCAAAGCGUUGACCCAACGACCGAGGGAACUGGACCAGUGACAGAACCAGAGCAUGAAGAAGACUGCAAAUUCAGCUCUGAAGAGGUCCUUUGAGGUGGAGGAUGUCGACACCUCAUCGCACUUGUCACCCGGCUCCCGUCGGACAACCAACUCCCCCCACCGCAACACCGCCAUGUCCCCCACCAGCAUCUACUACCGUGACUUGGGCACCGCCAGCUCCACCGCCGCCACCUCUGCCAACAACAACAACCUCAACUUCUCCCAACCCCGCUCCAUCAUGGGGGGAGGGGGCUCCAAGACCCCCGAGCCUGUGUCACGGCGCUCCGAACUCUCCAUCGACAUCUCCUCCUCUUCCUCCUCCAGCAAGCAGGUGGACAACGUCACCAGCCCCGCUUCCGUGCGCUUUGCGGCCAACAGCGCUCUGAAGCGCCCAGAGGUCCUGGGCCACUCCAAGACGCCCGAGACGAGCCACAAGAGGGAGGUCACGUUCGCCAAGGCGUCUUCCGAGUCCCCGGUGAUCCGCCGCAACGAGGGCAACUACAACAACAACGGCACCAGCCGGACCGCCGAGCAGAAUCACGCUCGCAAGUUGGAGCCUACGGCCCCCGGAGACGUCCGCAAGCCCGACAUCAGCAUCACCAGAGCUCCCCCAGAAAACAACGGCCACCACCUUCCUGUGCACCACCCGCACCACCCCAAUCCUCACCACAACUCCAUCGUUACCACCUUCCGCUCCUCCUCGCCCAGUCACGGCCGUAAAUCCCCCAACCCUGACAGGUCAGAGGUCAGUCUUAGCCACAGCAACAUGUCGGAGUCCGCCAAGCCCCACCACCUUACCCCUCAAGGUAAGGGGGAGAAGACCCAUGGCAGCGACUUCAGCUACGUGGGCAUUGAUGCCAUCUUGGAACAGAUGAGGAGGAAGGCCAUGAAGCAAGGCUUCGAGCUCAACAUCAUGGUCGUGGGGCAAAGCGGCCUGGGGAAGUCCACUCUGAUGAACACCCUCUUCAAAUCGAAGGUCAGCCGUAAGUCUGUGCAGCCAAAUCCGGAGGAGAGGAUCCCCAAGACCAUCGAGAUCAAGUCCAUCAGUCACGACAUAGAGGAGAAAGGAGUGAGGAUGAAGCUGACGGUGAUCGACACUCCGGGCUUCGGGGAUCAGAUCAACAAUGAAAACUGCUGGCAGCCCAUUAUGAAGUUCAUCAAUGACCAGUAUGAAGCCUACCUGCAGGAAGAAGUCAACAUCAACAGGAAGAAGAGGAUCCCGGACUCCAGGGUGCACUGCUGCAUAUACUUCAUCCCCCCCACAGGACACUGUCUGAGGCCUCUCGAUGUGGAGUUCAUGAGGCGCCUGAGCAAGGUGGUCAACAUCGUCCCCGUCAUCGCCAAGGCCGACACACUCACCCUGGAGGAGAGGGACGACUUUAAAGAGACGAUUAGGGAAGAGCUGCGAGCAAACGGAAUCGACGUUUACCCCCAGAAAGAGUUUGACGAGGACGCAGACGACCGGAAGAUCAAUGACAAAAUCCGGGAGAUGAUCCCGUUCGCUGUUGUGGGCAGUGACCAGGAGUACCAGGUGAACGGAAAGAAGAUUCUGGGAAGGAAAACGAAAUGGGGCACCAUAGAGGUUGAGAAUAUCGCACACUGUGAGUUUGCUUACCUGCGAGACCUCCUCAUCAGGACACACAUGGAGAACAUCAAGGACAUCACAGGCAGCAUCCACUACGAGACGUAUCGCGUCCGCCGGUUAAACGAGUCCAACGGCCACUUCGUCUCGCAGCAGUGCGAGCGCCCGGCGGCGCAGCCGAAGGCCAACGGUCAGCCCGAGGAGCAGCAGCCCGGCGGCCCCCCGCAGGCCAACGGGGUCGCCGCUCCGCACGAAGCCCGGUCCCACGAGAUGUAGAGUCCGCGCAGCAUGUCAGGACGCAGCCGCCCAAGUGUUCUGUUUGCAUGAACGUGCACACGCACACACUCUCAUGCUGUGAAGCCUGUCUUUUUGUUACCUAGAAGGAAUAACUACCACAACCGCAGGAAGCUCCACACAUCAGUCAGAGUAAAUCUUUUCCCCUCUUUUUGUCCCUUCCAUGAAAAAGGUUUUUUUUCGAGAGAUCCACAUCGGGACAAGGGCUUUUAACCCCCCCCCCCCCCCCCCCCCCCCAUCCCCCAUUGUGACUGCACAAUGCAACAUAUAUUCACAUUUGUUUACAAGAAUACACCGUGAAAGAUGGCGUGUGAUGGAUAAUCAAGAGUAAAUCUAUCAAUGUUUCAUGUAUGUAUGUAUGUAUUGCGGCGAGUCAAAUGAAAGUGAAAAGUCAGUGAAACAAUGAACAAUAUUUGGAUCUGAAUCACAAUACCUUUGCAGGAUCUUGGGUUUAGCCGUUGGGGAUUGUCCCGACGAGGAGAACUGGCAUGAUUCUAAAUGAAGUACAGCAUAUCCGACAACACAUUAGCUCUAAGUAACUGUUUGUGCCAAUGGUCUGGUGUGCUUUGUGUUUUGGUGUAUAGUUUUGUAGAGAAACUAUGGUUAAGUAUGGAUAUUUAGAUUACGUUCAUAGCAUCACGGAGAAGGUAAAUACAUUUUUGACACCUCCGCACUGCAAGAUGAUACUAGAAGACAAAGCCGUGGCAGUGUGGAGCAGCUUUGUAAGAAUUAGUCCCCAUUUCCAUUUUCUCAGUCGUGUUAUGUUUUUAAAAAUGUCUUUUUGCCAACCCCCCCCCCCACUUCGUCUCUUUCUAUAUAAUGCCAAUGUUGUGUAAUACGGUAAUGCCUUGCCUUUUACAUUUACUAUAGUAUUUUUAUUGCUGUUCAUAUUCUAAUGUGAUUGGAUAGAAUGGGACUGUUGGAGGUAUCUGUGCAACUGUUUUGUCCAUUUUUAUCCAUACCAAAUAAAAGUUGUUUUUUUCUGUUCUAAAGAGAAGCACAUACAAUAUAAAGAGUGGAUUUAUGAAUAGAUAUUUAUGUGUAUGUUAAGUGUAAUCCGUUCAAUUCAACUUUCAUUGCAGCUUAGGGCUUUCAGAGGUUUGUUGCAGGUCUCUACCAGUCAUUAUCUUUUAGCUUUAGACUUAUUUGUUUUUAGUGGCCUGCAUUUUUACACCACGUUGUACCCUGUUGGUCCGGCUUAUAACUGGCACCACAGUGCAAAAGAUGUAUAUAUUUAUACAUAACCAACCGAUUCUGCAAAAACUAAUAACAGGGAUAUUUACCAGAUCAUAAGGAAGGAAUCAAAAUAACACCUUGAAACAAAUGUGCACAUUAAUACAAACUCAUGGGAUAAUUUUUAGAAGCUAAAUCCAAAUUUUGAACAUUAUCAUACAUUUUCUAACACAAAUAACCAAGUGUGCACUCUCUAAAAUAUGUUACAUACAGAGAGAAUACUUUCCAACAACCAAGAGAACUAUAGUCUUUACUGCGGAGAAAGUUAUUGGGUUACACCUUGUCUACUGUUGUAAAGUUCUUGUGUAAUUUGUUAUGGUAUCAUGGAUUAAGGUUCUAUCUUUGAUAUGUUAUCUUAAAGAAUAAAGAUGGAUAUUUUUAUUGUUAAA